GCUCCGCUGGGCUUGGCUCCAGCUCCGGGACCGAGCUAGAGAGCGAUCGAGCAAGCAAGCCUCCGGCCCCAAGGCGGCUGCGGCUGCGGCUCCUGGCACUCCGCACCCCGCUUUUUUGCUCCUUGCUCCUGGCCCAGCCGGCCACCCUCUCCCUCUCCACCAUGGCCCUGGCUGACAGCACACGUGGAUUACCCAACGGGGGCGGCGGCGGCGGGGGCUCCGGCUCUUCUCUCUCCUCCGCCGACCCCGCACUCUUCCCCGACAUCGUGGAGCUGAACGUUGGGGGCCAGGUCUACGUGACCCGGCGCUGCACCGUGGUGUCCGUGCCGGAGUCGCUCCUCUGGCGCAUGUUCACGCAGCAUCAGCCGCAGGAGCUGGCCCGGGACAGCAAGGGCCGCUUCUUUUUGGACCGAGACGGCUUCCUUUUCCGUUAUAUUCUGGAUUACCUGCGGGAUUUGCAACUCGUGCUGCCCGAUUACUUCCCCGAGCGCAGCAGGCUGCAACGCGAGGCCGAAUACUUCGAGCUCCCCGAGCUGGUGCGGCGUCUCGGGGCUGCACCCCAACAGCCCGGUUCGGGUCCCCCGCAUCUGCGGCGCGGGGGUGCUCAGGAAGGCGACGAGCCUUCUGCCACCGAAUCCGAGCCCCCCGAGGGCGCGUCCGUCGGGGUCCCGUCUCCCACGUUGGAGCUGGCGAGUCGGAGCCCGUCUGGGGGUGCGGCGGGGGUCCCCCUGCUCACGCCGUCCCAGUCGCUGGACGGCAGCCGGCGCUCGGGCUACAUCACCAUCGGCUACCGGGGUUCCUACACCAUCGGACGCGACGCGCAGGCCGAUGCCAAAUUCCGGAGAGUGGCGCGCAUCACCGUGUGCGGCAAGACGUCCCUGGCGAAGGAGGUUUUCGGGGAUACCCUGAACGAGAGCCGAGAUCCCGACCGGCCCCCCGAGCGCUACACGUCGCGCUAUUAUCUCAAGUUUAAUUUCCUAGAGCAAGCUUUCGACAAGCUGUCCGAAUCGGGCUUCCACAUGGUGGCUUGCAGCUCCACGGGCACCUGCGCCUUCGCCGGCAGCACCGACCAGAGCGAAGACAAGAUCUGGACCAGCUACACUGAGUACGUCUUCUGUAGGGAGUGAGCUCCAUCCUCCCCCCCCCCCCCAAAAAAAAAACCGGAGUCUCUCCAGCACCCGGUUUCCCCAUUUGCAAAACCCCCUUUCCCCAUUUUUUCCCCCACCGCCCGCUGCUCCUCUGCUCCUCAGCUGGGCCCGACCCCCGCGCGCUCCACAUCCCCGCACCCAGCUCUGAACCUCUAGCUGCCAGAUCCCUUGGAUCCCAAGAACCAAGAGAAUUCAGAGGCACCCACACAGUUUAGCCCACGCCCCGCACUCCCCCAAGCUAUCCCUACCCCCAACUCCCCAGCCUCCACCCCCCCUCCAGCGAUUAUCUUUCCGAAUGGAUGGAACAGGGGUGCUGGGUGGCCCCCCCGAGUGUAGCUGGGAAGGACUGACUUGUUUCCAACCAGAUUGGGCCCCUCCCUGGACUGGGUGCAACCCCGAGCCCCCCCCCUGGAGAUUCCUGAGCUGGCUGAGAGGUCAGCAUGGAUAAGACAAAUCUGGGGGGAGGGGAAAGAGCAUUGGAAAGUGCACGUCUUUGGGGGGCUGUUUGGAAAGGGAGGGAAGCUUCUAGAAGACUGCAUGGGCAGCCGGGCUCUGGACUUGGACGUCUGGAGCUCCUGGAGGCCAUGCCGUGAUUUCCAAGCGAGUCAAGUUUUUGCAAAGUUAACAGGUAGCCGGAGAAGAAUCCAGGGCCUGCUGCAAGAAAAGAACACGCCUUCGCCACCGCAGAAGCAAUUGUCUUGCAUCCCCUGC